UUUUAAAUUUACAGCAGCUUUAUUACGGAAAAUAUUAUUGUAUUAGUAGUGUUUAAAUUAAGAAUGGCUCUUCCAACUUUGCCUUCAAGGUGGAGACACAAUGAUAUUGAAAAACAGUUGCAGAAAAUGCAUGAACAACAAAAUAAUUUUCGAAACUGUUGGAAUGAAACUGUAAAAUAUUAUAAUGGAAACUCAGUGCGAUCAAGUAUUCAACAAAAUUGGACAUCUGACCAUUCUUUUAGAAAAAGUAUGGAAGCUUACUCUUCACGAGAUGAAAAGAAUAAAAAAAUUGAAAAUCUUCAUAAACGUAGACAAAAAUUAGCUAAAUUUUUACAAGAUGAAAGGGAUCAAUUAGAAGCAGAAUUGCGCGGACUUUCUGUUGGAAAUUACUCAAGAAUUAGAGAAAUGAAAGAAAAAGCUGAAGGUUUGAAAUCCGCAAGAGAAGAAAAAAAUCGACAAAUUGCUCAGGAAAAACUCUACGAACAUUGGCAACGUAAUAAUCCUGAGUUACGAGCGGUUGAUUCGGAGUUACAUCGGGAACAUGUGAAAGAAGCUUGGAAAUAUCAAUUGAGUGAAAGAGUCGAACAAAAGAAUGAGGAAAUAGAGAAUGAAAUUCAGUUUGCUAACGAAUAUGAACAGGCUCGUGCUGAGGCCAUUGAAAACAUGCGCAGAAUAGAAGAGGAGAGAAAACUUGCUGAAAAAGAAAGAGCAGAGGUACUAAAACAACAAAUGAGAGAUUUAAAGGAACGUGAAGAAGAAGGCGAAUCACUCAAAAUGGAGGAAGCAAAGUUUUUAAAUGACCAAAUCAAGAUCGAAAAAAUUGAGGAGGAACGAAAAAAAAUGGAAAAGAGAGUAAAGCAGAGAGAAUUAGGUCGAUUUCUUCAUCGUCAAUAUAAAGCUCAGUUGAGAAGUCGAGCGCAACAAAUUCAAGAAGAAUUAGAACUUGAUCGACAAAUUCUUCAACGACUUCUAGAAGAGGAAUUAAGUCAAAGAGAAGUUCAAAGCGCCCGUCAAGAGAAAGCAAGACAAGAUGUCGCCUGGAUGAAACAAGUUUUAGAAGAUCAAAUCAAAUUGGAAAAAGAACGAGAAGCUGAACUUGAUCUUCUAUAUCGAGAAGAAGCGAGACAAGUUUGGGAAAAGAGAGAGGAAGAGUGGAGGAGAGAAAGAGAAGCUCGUGAGAGACUAAUGAGAGAUGUACUCGACGAGAGGUCCGAUCAACUCGCUUAUAAUAUGGAAGAAAAUCGACGCAAACAAAAAAGAUUAUUGGAAGAGAGAGAAGAAUUGAUUGCUCAUUUAGAGGAUGUGCAAAAAACAUCGAGACAGGAAAAGAGAGAGCAAGAGAAAAUAAAACUUGAACGUAAAGACGAACUCGAGCAACAAGCGACAUCAAGAAGAGAGAAAAUAAAAACCGCACGACAAAAAGAAAUGGAUGAAUUGAGAGAGCAAGAGGAAGCAGAACGAGAAUAUAAUAAAUUUGUCGUACAAGAAACAGAGAGGAAGCGUCAAAUCGGAUAUCAACAAGGUCAACAUGCAAGAAGACGAACUGCAUGGCAGUGAUUACAUUAUUUUGAUUCAUCAUCCACGCCUCAUGGUGCUUCUAUAAUGCAGUUCUGAAACAUCUUUGAAAUCGGCAUCUCACCUAAUAAUUGUUUAGAUGGAAAUAUAUAUGAGGGACAGUUUGGAACAUGGUAAUGGAAUUGCCAGAAUGACAAUAAUUAUAAUAAUAACCUGUUGAAUUUAGCAUUCACUGAUUACUGGUAACCAGAAAUGAUAUAGGUAAAUUUUGAAAUCUGUUUAAAAUUUUGUUGUAAUUUAAUGUUAUGAAUUCGUUAUUUUUAUGUUUUGUUGUAUCCCAAAUGAAUAUUUUUACAUGCAAAAUUGGGGCUGUCUAUUUGUUAAAACCUUCCAAGCUUUCCUAUCCAAUGAAUAUUAGUUAGUUUCAAAAUAUUAGUCUGAAUUCAACUGAGCAAUUGCCUCUUCUCGAUACUGUACUAGGCGAAAUGCAUUUAAAAUACCAGAUAACUGUUUUCAUACUGUGUGUGGAUCACAAUCUGAACAGGAAUAGUAGUCAAAAUAGGUGAACACUGAACAGGCAUAUAUUUAUUGUUUAUUUUUUUUUUCCAAAUUUCAACAUUCUAUUUUUUUUUAUAAGUACUGUGCUGUGUUAUUGCAUUUGACCAUUGUGCGAAAAAUAAUGCAUAAUGAGUUUUCAUGGACAUCUUUUAAGUAGGCACUGAGCUCAAAUUUUCGAGACACUGAAAUAUUUUAUUAAUUAGAGAUAACUGGAUUGAAUGUUGAUUGUUGAGUAAUACAGGUAUUGAUUUUGUGUAAAUUUUUUUAACCAUGUACAAGUGUCAUGGACAUCUAAAUUAUUUGAAAUUUGAAAAAAUCAUUUUUAUUCUUUGCUGUUGUGUAUUCAUGCUUUACGUACAUGAGCCCACCAGUUUGAAAGAAUAUGUGAUAUACUCAGUGGUGGGGCCAUGAUGAACCAGCGAGCCUGGUGUUGUUUUUUAGAGCUAUAACCUAUAAGUUUGGCAAAGGAAUGAAAAAACCUGUUCACUGAAUAUACCGUGUAUCCUCGCAUAUAAGACGAUUUUGAAACUCAAAAAAAGUUGCCAAACCAAGGUUGGGGGAGGUCGGCUUAUACGUGCAUUUCUCUGAUAUUACUCAAAAAAAAUGACAUUAUGCUAACUUAAUUCCCACAGCUACAACUCGAACCAUGCUGAGUUCUAACGAUAAGAGCGUAUGACUUGUUAGGUCGGCUUAUAUGCAAAUUUUUACAAGUUCACCGUUUUGGGGGGUUGGCUCAUUUGUGAGAUUGGCUUAUUUUGUAAGGAUAUACGCAAUCCCAAGUAUUUUGAAUCUGCAACGAUCUAUACUCCUUUUUUUACCUAGGUUCAAAAUUAGUAUUGUUUCUAGUUGUUGACUGUUGUAACUAUCAUUUUUUAUUAUAUUUUAUUGUGGUAUGACACAAGCACAACAGUUCACGAUAUUUGUUGUGGUGUGUACCUAGUUCAAUCCAGAGUUCUAUAGGGCAUAUCAUAUCAUUGAAUGAUUUUUUCCUACGGUAUCUUCAAAUCUGUUGGUCCAACAAUAGAUUUUCUGCAAAAUGACAUUCCCCCCUCUAUGUCAGCCUUUGCUCAUACUAUUCAAUACUUUCGUUUUAAGAAUAGUUAUUACUCAAUAGUGAAUAUUCAUUCAUUUACUGGAAAUUUGUAAAGCAAGUUUAUUUUCCUUGGUGCAUUAGAUGUUUAUGUUUUAUGUAGUGACUACCUUUGGUUAUUAUUGUAUCGUAUGUCCACUUUCACGUUUGAACAUUUUUAAAGGUCAUAAAAUAUGUGUUUUCACUUUAUCAUAAUUGUGUUGUUCAAAUUUUACUUGUGCUGUGCAGAUGAUCUUUGACUUCCAUCGGUAAUAUUAAUCUUCAUUUUGGUUGCGUUAAACUGUAGGCUAUGUAACUUUUCGUGUUUAGGAAAAUCAUAAUUUAAAGUAUUAGCAUUUUGAGCUAUUUGCAUUCAAUUUUACUAAAAUUGAAAAUGACUUAUCUAAAUCAGGUCUUCUCAAACUGGACCCUUGGGGCCAUGGAGCGGUUCUUUUGGGGCCACAACCAAAGCCCUUCACUCAGUACCAUUCGCCAUGGCUAAAUUAAUUUAAAAUAAAUUGAUUGUGAUUUGUGUAAUUCGUUGAUUGCAUGCAUUUCAUUUAAUGCUUCGCUUUCGUUUGUUGGAUUUUUAUUAGUACCGGUAAGUGCUGGAUAUUGUUAUAGAAAAGCAGGGGACCAGAGUCUUUGGAAGGAACCACAGAUCAUGAUUAUUUGGGGACCACUGAUUUAAAUCAUUUUUCAGAUAUUCAAAAUAACUUUUCAUGAAGUUCAUCUUACAAAAUACUUCCAGUCAAACUGUAAUAGUAGCCAGUAUAGAAAGUAUGAAGAAUUUCUAUCUUGUUCUAACAUGGUAAAUGUAUAUCUUAAUUGCUGCUAUAAUUCACGUGGUAAAGGAUUGUAUGUAUUUGUAAAUUGUAUUUUAUAUUGCAUUGUAAUAUACAUGUUGUAACAAAAAUAUAAAACUAUUUUGAUCCUAAAUUUUCUCUAUGCUUUGUCAAUGUUAUGUAGUUUCACAUUGUGAUAUUUUUCAG